UUUCAUUGGCCGCGGCGCUGAGAGAGGAGGAGGAGAGACUGACGGACGGACACGAAUUCCUCAGCGCUCCUCAAAUUUCUUGAAAUCACGGACCUCCUGCUCGCCUCCGUCCCGACAAACAUCCAGACCAGCUCCCGUCCUCCUCCUCCGAGCACACGACCAGAGACGAGCUGCUUUUACAAAAAUGAUGUUGCGAAGUGUCGCCGUGCUCCUUCUGCUGGCCGUGGCUAUCUCUAACGCUGAGGAGCUGCAGAGCAAGAGCAAAGUGUGUGCCAAUGUGUUCUGCGGGGCCGGCAGAGAGUGUGCUGUUACAGAGAAAGGGGAGCCCAGCUGUCUUUGUAUAGAGAGCUGUAAACCCCACAAGAGGUCAGUGUGUGGCAGCAAUGGAAAGACCUACAGGAAUCACUGUGAGCUCCACAGGGAUGCUUGUCUGACCGGCUUGAAGAUCCAGGUGGCCCACGAUGGACACUGCCACGAGAAGAAAACAGAACAAGCAGCUGCCAGCCCAGUGGUUUGCUACGCUGCUGACCGCAACGAGCUGAGGAGCCGUGUGAUCCAGUGGCUGCAGACCGAGGUUGUCCCAGAUGGCUGGUUUGUGAAGGGAUCCAACUUCUCUGACAUUCUGCUGAAAUAUUUCAAGUCGUACGACAACGGUGAUUCUCAGCUGGACUCCUCCGAGCUGCUCAAAUUCAUCCAGCAAAAUGACUCAGUCGUGGAGUUGCAGUCCUACGCAGACCAGGAGAGCAACAAGCUGCUCAGGAGCCUGUGUGUCGACGCCCUCAUUGAGCUCUCUGAUGAGAACGCCGACUGGAAGCUGAGCUUUGAUGAGUUCCUCAACUGCCUGAAGCCUGGCUUCAAUCCACCAGAGAAGAAAUGUGCCUUGGAGGAUGAGACAUAUGAGGACGGAGCAGAGACCCAGGUGGAGUGUAACCGCUGUGUUUGUGCUUGUGGCAACUGGGUCUGCACUGCUAUGACCUGCACUGACAAAACGGCAGCUGUGGAUGAGUCAGCAGAUGCUGGGGCAGAGAUGACUGAGGAGGAGUGGAAUCUCCGUGUGGCUGAGCUCAACAAGCACCAGGAAACAGUUGAGAAGAUGAAGAGCAGCACAAAGGAGGCCUAAAUAAGGAUGCAACGAAGGAGAGGAUGCACGUCAUCACCCUUCCUCCAUACUUGAUUUACCUUGCGGCCAUGUGUUGUUAUUAGACUGACUUUUUCAUGUUUCUCUGCUAUGUUAAUUAUUAUACUUUUUUUUUUUGUUUGUUUUUUUUUACAACGUUUAAGUGUUUGUGUUGAUGUUUGUUAGAUUCAGGGGUUAUCAAAGAGUAUUAUAGGAUUCCCUUGUGUUCAGUACUGUCAUAUUUGAUUGUAUUACUGCGCCUCUACACUAGCCUCGGGGCUAUUUUUACUACAAUUCCUAUAUUUUUACAGUUAUUAUAAAAAAAACAAGUCAAGUUGUCACUGUUUUGGAUUAUGGAAGUCAUUGUCGAAGAAGGUAGUGAAGGAAGGGGCGCAGAGAAUCCACCUGUUGAAAUGAGGAAGCUGUCGAAGCACAGAGAAAGCUGACUACCUGACAUCUGCAGCGGCAUGUUUCUCUUCACCCUCAUGAGUUUCAUGGUCAGCAGCUCGGUCGAAGACGCUGGGAUACGAAGAGGGUAAAGCUACUAGUGAUUUUGAUUUUGUUGCCAUUUAGAACUGCCACAGUAGGCCACUACUUGACCAAUGCACUUCUCUUUCUUUGUCUCUAUCUUUCUAAGGCUUUACUUAUCAUAAGCCUGAAAUUUGUUUGUAUCUUACUGCUAAAGUGAUAAUUUUGCUGCAGAUUAGUUUGCUUCUAUGUACAGUAUGUUAUUGGCUUGAGUUGGAACCUGUCUUGUUCCCAUGUUAUGCUCAGGCGAGUCUCUCUGGUGCUCUUUCGGGUUAAACAUUUCUCUGUCUGCGUCUUACAUUUCGGAGACAAAGACAUAGUGGUCCAGCUUUCAGUCUGCACCCAGGUGAGACCUGAUCUUUGAAUAUAGCAUGAUGAAAACUGAAACCAAAGUCUUGAUGAAGUGUUUGAAUGAUGUACAAAAUUCUCCGGGUAACACAUUACUCUGGACCCAGCAACAACACUAUACCUGUGCUUUCAAAAUCACUCUAACAGAAGGACUAGCCUCACUGUCAGCUAAAGUAGCGUAGACGCAUCAGUAACUGGGUGCAUAUAAAUUGUGUGUGUGUGUGUGAUUGUGUGUGUGUGUGCUAUUAAAGUGUGAUGCUGAGAGUAGUUUGUUAAAUGUGUUUAUUUGUUAAAAUCCUGCAUUGAAAUUGGGAGGAUUGACAAUAAAAAAUCAGUGCCUUAGACCUGCAAAAAGUAUAGGUCUCUACCUUUGCCUGCACGCUGGCUUUUACGCCGCGUGGCAUAGAAAGAGUGAGUGUGCUUUGCUGAAAUUUAGCAGUAAACUAGUGCUUUGUGACUCUAUCCCUGAUAAAUGUCUGUGUGAAAGUUGCAUUACUAGGUUCAAGCUAAAUCUUUAUAUUCCACUAAAAGUGCAGAGACUGUAAGGAAUAUGUAUGUAUGCCAAUAAAGCCCAUACACCACAA